AUGUCUUCGAAACCAGUCCACGUCGUCAAGUCUACUGACAUCCACUCCUCUUCUUCCGGCCAAACAGAUGGCAUGACACGCAUGCCAGCGAUCACAAACCUCGCCUCAAUCUGCAGUUCCAUCAUGCUAGCCUCUCCUCAUUCUGCUUCUGCAGUCCAUCACCACGGCGCCCAAGACACCAUCGUCUAUGCCGUUCGAGGCCAAGGUGCUGUCGUCAGCGAAGGCGGCAAGAAGCGGCAGGUCUUGGAACAAGGAGAUUUUGCUCUGAUACCCGCGUAUCAAGAGCAUCAAGAGGUCAACGAUGGCGACGAGGAAGUUGAGUGGGUGAUUGUGAGGAGCGGUGGUGAGCCCGAGGUUGUGAAUCUCGAGGGUUGGGGAAAGAGUUAG